CUCUAGGAAGGACUAAGAGAGUGGGUCUCGUUGAAAAGGUACCAAAAAGGAGACAUUUGUCGUUCAGUAGUUGAGUUGUGUUCAUAUGUGAAUGAAAAAAAUUACUAGAUGUAAUCUUUGGUUGUGUGAUACCAGGGAGAUUACAUACCUUAGAGAAAAAGAAAUCAGUUAAGGUGCAUGUGAUUAUGUCCCCCAUGGUUCAGAGCUAUCAAAUUUCCAUGGAUAACUGUGGAUACUCAAAAUCUGAUUGGGUACAAGUAUGAUUUUGAUAUUAUGAUUGUUGCAUGGGUAUGGGUAAGGGUAAAAUUCAAACUAUUUUGGGGAGACUAAUAGAUAUGCACUAUGUGCUUCUUAACUGAUCUGUUGUCAUCCCUAGUUGGGUGUAAUAGACCUAGAAAGGUCAACUUGGCCACUUCCAUACAGACCCAAUCGUUAACCGGUCCCUAUGAACGAUGUCUAGUGGACCUUGACCUCAUUUCAUAUGAUAGGCCGAUAAACGAUUCAUGCCCGACCUUUUCAAUUAGUACAUGAGAGGGUCCAACUAGGGACGACAAACAAGUGGGGUGGGGCGGGAAUGAGAUACCCGCACCAAGCAUGAGUCGGGUCAAGUAAUAUUCGCGCGAGUACGGGUGGAUCGACCCAUUCUGACAUGUUAUUUGAAGAAAAUAAACAAAAAAAAAAUUCUUUUAUGAUAAAACAAAGUAAAAACACUUUAUGAAUGAAGAUAAUGAUAUUAGAAUGAAAAAUUGAGUCUGAAUAAUUAAAAGAUCAAGUUUUACACAUAUUUAAAGUUUAUCAUGUGAAUAUCAUUGAAAAAAUCAAAACAGGAGAAAUAAAAAACGCUAUCAAAGAAAAGUGAGAUAGUAGAGGUAAAAAAUGUGGCGGGGUGGGCAAGUCGAAAGUAUUAACGUAGGCCCCGUCCCACAACCAUGCUAUAGCGGAUCACAUAAUACUCAACGGGGCAAGUUCAAAUUGCGUUAAUGUGGCGGGGUGGGCAAGUCGAAAGUAUUAACGUAGGCCCGUCCCACAACCAUGCUAUAGCGGAUCACAUAAUACUCGAUGGGGCAAGUUCAAAUUGCGUUCACCUGGCUGUCUUGAGGGAUGAUAAUUUCGACCUGACCAGACCUGUUUAGAGACAGAGCGGACAGACAUAGGUACUCUUCUCGAUCUGACUUGUCCUGACUACCCAUUAUCAACCCAUUUUUGCCUACACUAAAUGUAAUUUUUCUCAAAUAAUUAAGAUUUUCAAUUUUAUUACCUCUAUAAUGAAGUUGUGAAUACGUGAGAAUCUCAAUUUCGUAAAUAAUUUAACUAUUUGUCUUUUUGGGUUUUUACUUUUUAGUGACAAGAAUAAUAAUUUUCCUUUAAAUUAGAUUGGCCUUAACAGCGGCCCAGUGUAGACCCAGAAAAAAUGAACUGGGCCUGAGUAGAAAAUGGGCCACUCAUCGGCCGAGAAAGCACAGUCCCGAUACUGAUUUUUAUUUAUUUUAUUUAUAAUAAUCACAGUCCUGAUCGACUGCAAAACACACCGCGGGAGGCCAAGGACGAGAUUAAACGAGGAAGAAAACAGAAUGAGGAUUGGAGGAGGAAUGGUGUAUGGAGCUCCACGCGCCACUUCUCUGCUCCUUGGUCACGGCAUCAGCCGCCGGCCGACGCUACGCUGCUUCUCCGCCGCCGCUUCUCCUUCUCCUACUCCAUCGCUUCUAUUUCCCGACCAUACGGAAUUCAUCAGAGAUGUAGCAGCGAUUCAGCCUCCCAAGCAUUUGCCCCACUUAAUGAGAAUGCUCCGCACCAGAGGUGAUUCUAUUGUUUCACCUGGAGACAAGCAAGGGUUAAUCCCGCUUGCUAUUCCACUUGCGAAAACUAGCUCAGAUGAUUUAAUUGCAUUGCUGAGAUGGCCAACUGCGCCGCCUGGGAUGGAAAUGCCGGUAGUAGAGGUUCGAAAAUAUGGAGUUUGGCUUCUGGCGAAGACGGUUGAUCAGUUCAUCCACAGAAUCUUGGUAGAGGAGGAUGCCAAUUUGCUUUACAAAUGCAACGAUGAGAUAUUUGAUGUGGCAGCGGAUGCAGGGGAGAAUCUAUAUACCAAGGGUGACUUUGCUAAAUCUCAGAUUUCUGAUCUAGAUGUUUAUCUGUUAAAGAAGGUUGGCUUGUUUCCUGAUGUCCUGGAGCGCAAAAUUAUGCGCCAUUUCGAGAAAGGGGACCAGGUUUCUGCUUUGGUUACUGGGGAAUACUAUACAAGGAAAGAGCACUUUCCUGGAUUCGCAAGGCCCUUUGUAUUCAAUUCCAAGAUAUUGCUCAAGGUUGGGCGUACGCUAGAAGCUAAAGAUGCAGCCAGGGGUGCUUUGAAGUCACCAUGGUGGACUCUUGGUUGCCCUUACAAGGAAGUCGCUGAGAUAGCAGAAUGGGAAGAUGAGCAGAUUGAGUACAUGCAAGAAAGAGUAACAGAAGAUGGAAGGCAACAAGACCUUAACAAGGGGAAAGAUCCUGCUCAGAUUGUCCUGGACGAGGCAGCGUUCUUACUGGACUUGGCUUCCAUUGAUGGUAGUUGGGACAAUUACUUGGACCGGAUUGUCGGCUGUUAUAAGGAGGCUGGUCUUCAUGAUGUUGCCAGAUUCUUGGAGUACAGAGACUGAGAGUUGAGUGUCAAAAGAGAAAUUUUCUUCUCUCUUCAUGUUAAGAUUACACACUGCGAACUCUUUUCGUUUUCGAUAAUACACAAUGCAGAGUUCAAUUACAACCGGAUAUGUUCCCUUCUGCAAGGUCUUUGGAAACUACUUUCCAGGCAGCUUUUCCUUAUUUUCUCACAUCCAGACGCGCCAAUACAAGAAAAGGACCCAA